AUGGCCCGUCCCCAGCCCCAGGCCGAGGUCCUGACCGAGUCAGUGCGGGUCAACAGCACCGAGGUGGAGGCCACGCUCAGGGGCGGGGAGCUGGCGUGGCGCCCCGCCGGCGGCGGCAACGGAGAGGGGCAGGAGCGGCGGCUGGAGCUGGAGUCGGAGGUGCUCGGGUGCCGGGUGGACGGGAGGAAGCUCAAAUUCGCGACCUUUGCCGCGAGCGGCGGCGAUAAUGGGAAAGGGGGAGGAGGGGCCGCGAAUCGGAGGAGAGGGGAGGUCGUGGUGGAGAUGGAGGACGAGGAUGCCGCGGUGCGGUGGGGGAACGCCAUCAGGGAUCGCCUCGCCUCGCUCGGCCGGCCAAAGAGAUUGUUAAUUAUAGUGAACCCUUACGGUGGAAAGAGAAGCGGACGGAGUAUUUUCCAGAAUGACGUCCUCCCUCUCAUUGAAGCUGCUGGUGUGCUUUAUACGAUGCAAGAAACCAAGCAUCGCCUUCAUGCUCAAGAGAUUGCACAUUCACUUGAUCUUAGGAAGUAUGAUGGCAUCAUUUGUGUCAGUGGAGAUGGUGUGAUGGUAGAGGUUGUCAAUGGCCUCCUGCAAAGGGAGGACUGGGAGACAGCAAUAAAAGUGCCCCUUGGGAUCAUUCCGGCAGGUACUGGAAAUGGAAUGGCACGAUCUCUAUUGCAUGCUUCUGGUGAACCAUUCUCUAUAUCCAAUGCUGUGUUUGCAAUCAUCAGAGGUCAUAAACGUGCACUUGAUGUUACUUCUGUUGUGCAGGGAAAUACAAGGUUCUUUAGUGUCCUCAUGCUUACAUGGGGUCUGGUGGCUGAUGUUGAUAUUGAAUCAGAGAAGUAUAGGUGGAUGGGAAGUGCUCGCCUUGAAUUUUAUCUCCUACUCCGCAUGCUGAACCUGCGACGGUACAAUGGGCGCAUCCUUUUUAUUCCAGCACCAGGAUAUGAAGACGUUGGUGAUCCUGUGGAGCAAACUACAAACGGGGUUAGCACGGGCAUUCAAGAAGACGGAGCAACUGACAGUAAUGGUGAAACGUGUGGCUAUGUUGGCCCAUCGAUCAAAGAAGCCGAUCGUAGAUGGAGAUCGCUGAAUGGUCCAUUCGUUUCAGUCUGGUUCGGCAAUGUUCCUUUCGCUAGCGAAGAUGCCAUGGCAGCACCAAAAGCAGAGUUUGCGGAUGGCUACUUGGAUGCUGCCAUAAUCAAGGAUUGCCCGCGGUGGGAUGUUGUCGGGCUUAUGUUCCAGAUGAAGGACGGCACCUACGUGAACUCGCCAUGCGUGGAGUACUUCAAGGUGAAGGCGAUCCGGAUCGAACCGGGCCUGCGCGUGGGCAGCAGCACCAAGGGCGGUAUCAUCGACUCGGACGGGGAGGUGAUUGCGAGGGGCGAUGAUGGGUCCCACUCCCGCGCCGGCGAUGAGCCGGGGCACCUGAUGGCGUACGGCCCGCCCAUCCAGCUGACGGUGGACCAGGGGCUGGCCACCAUCUUCUCCCCGAGAUGA